GCCUGAAGAGCGCCUCUUCCCGUUCCGCCCCUUUCUAGCUCUCGGAUUCCGCGGCCUCCCUUCCGGGGCAUGCGCGCGCGCGGGCGAGGGGGCGGGGCCUCGGCGGGAAUUCUGGCGGGAGCGCGGCGCCCAGGAAGGAGGUCGGAGCGGGGCAGGUGAGGCGGAGGCCGCGCGCGGGAAGGCCAGGGGCGCCUCGGCCUGGAGGCGCCUCGCUGGCCGGCAGGCGGGCCCGGGGGGGGGGGAGGGCGGCGGGGGGGGGUCCCCUUCAGAUCCCAAAUGGCUGCAAGACGAAGCAGUGUCGCAAAUUCAGGUGCCUGGACUACCCCCCCCCCCGCCCGCCCCGGGUCUGGCGCGCGAGGGCCCCGCGGCCUCCGGGUCAGGGGCAGGAAUGCUGCUUGCCGCGGAUCCCGAGGCUGGGGGGCCAGGCGCAGGGGGCUGGGCUAGAUGACCCUGGGAGCCCCUUCCGGACCUAGGAUUCUACGAUCCGCCGGAAUAUGAAAGGCAAGGGGAAGAUCCCUGUCGCAGCCGCCAAGCAGGUGCCUGUUAUGGGAAACCCAGGAGCAGGAUCCGAGCACAAGAGCAUCUCUCCCCUCCUGAGGUUUCCAGCAGCUGGAAUUCAGAAGCACUGCUGCCUCCAGCUGGGAAGGCAGAGGACUGUAUUUUUCGUCUAUAAGACGCCCCCUAUUUUGGGGGACUCCAAGAAAAUGGAGGGAGAUGUAUCCCUGUAUAAGACACCCCUAAUUUUUGGCAUUAUUAUUUAGGAAAAAACCUAGUGUUAUACACGGAAAAAUACAGUACUUAUUUAUACUUUCUGUGAAUAAGUAACACUGGGGAUUGGACUGUUGGGGUGUAUUCUGCUGAAAAGGGUUGUUAUCUUGGACCAUGCAAGGCUUGAUGAGCCCCAGCAGUUAUUGAAUAUAUACCACUCAGCUUCUCCACUCAGGUCUUAGUUCUACAUGGCUUCUCUGCCGCUUUGAAUGUUAGUGAUACAUUAACCUUCUGCUAGCCUUUUAAUUUUAUGGCACUCCACAGAAAUUAGCUUCAUUUAUUAGGCAUUACAUGUUUAUAUUGGUGUUCUUAUGUGUCUCUAGGGUACGUGAAUUCUUCAGUAAAGUCUCUGCUGGAAAAAAUAUGGAUGGUGAGUUUUGAAUUUGUCUAAUCUUCUAAAGCCAUUCAGUUUCUUCCAGACUUGAAAAUGUUGUCACUGCUCCAUAUGCAAGGUAGAACAAACCAGCCAGGAAGAGAAGGUUGUUGCCAGUUGAUUUGGAGGCAGUCCCAUUCUGUUCUUUUCAGCCAGAUAAAUGGCAGUGCUGUGGCACGUGGAGGGAUGCUUGAAGAACUUGAACUUUGUGGAUUCCUGUGCAGAAUUAUUUGAUGUGCUCUGCUGCUGAACUGCAUCCCCAUUUGUUUUCGGAACAUCAUUUCUGAGCUGGCUUGAAUACUGGAACUAGAUUAAGCACUGUCUGUUUUCUAAUCGGGGCUCUCAUUAGAUGCACACUUGCAUUGUAUUGGGGCUGGGGGUUGUGUGUCAUCUGAGCCCUGGUAAGUUGCUCCUUUUUAUUUCCAGGUGAUGAUAACUUGGACCUGCUAGCCUCCCUGUUAGAAGAGAAUGAGGCAGCUGUGGGGCUGGAGUGUGAGGAGAAUGGUGUUAAUGUGGCUACAGAUGGAGAGCCGGAUGAAUAUAAUGAGCUGUUUGAUGCAGAAGAUGAUGAAUCCUAUACCGAGGAAGUGGAAGCUCACGAGGAAGAGUCCAGUAGCGGCAAAGAAAAUGUGUCUGAGUUGUUUGGAGAUGUGGGUGACCUGUCUGAGGAAGAGGAGGAGAAAACUGUGCAGGAAACAUCUCAUUCUCUAGCCGAAAAGGAGAAGACCAAUCAACAUCUGCAAGGUAAAAAUCAUUAUUUCAUUUUGGAUGGUUUAAAGUUGCUCACCGUGCCAACUUGAGGCUUUUGUCUUAACCAUACCUAUGAAUACAAAAGAUUUUCAAUGCAUAAUCCGCCCUCGGCCCAUGAGCCGAGUCCGCCCUCACGUGAAGGACCUUUGUGCUGUGCUCUAGGCUCCUCUGUUCUCGGAAGAUUUCCUUCUGUGCCUUCUAGCUUUUUAAUUUGAAAGCAAGUGGGAAGAUAGGGAAAUAAUCAAGGGCCUCAAGACUCAAACAUCCCUGUGUUCUGUCAUGGCACAGAUUAGGAAGGAUAGACCUAGGGAAAGAGUAGUGGUUGUGAUGACACUUGUUAAGCCAGGCAUUUCCAAAGUCCCUUUCGGGGGCCCAAUCCGUCCCCUGUGGCAGUUUAUUGGCCCUCAUGGCCCUUCGCUUCAUCAAAUCUGGCCCUCUUUAAAAAAAGUUUGGACACCACUGUGUUAAGCAUUUCACAUUGUUCAAGGCGGCAGAAAUGAUGGUUUGGGAUCAGAGAGAAAUCCCGUAUGGUGCGGUGUUAAAUGGAGUCUAUUAUAUCACAGGCGAUCUCUCCUGUCAAAGCCUGGCUCUUGGGGAGUGAGAGCUGGGCACUUUACAGGGAACACAGUGAAAAUUUGACUUUUGGUUAUGCACUUUACUUUUUACCUAAGUUAUUUUUAUUGAUGACAAAUGGCUGUUUAAUUAACCAUGUAUUUAAAUAAGAUAUACUUUUUAAAUGUCCAUUUAUUGUUUUCAACUUAGAUGAACUGAGGAAAUUGCGGGAGCAGAUGAAGACACUCCAGGAGCAACUGCAAAAGACAGCAAUAGGGCAGCCUGCUAACAUGGCCCCUAGCAAGAAAAGUUCUGGUAACUGGAUAAUUUGUUUUAUGUAGCUGUUCAGCAUCUAAACUCAAGCUUAUUGCUAGGUUAUUGUGGUAAUCCUUAGUGAUAUCUCUUUGGAGCCUUUAAUAUCAAAGCAUUCUAUUUGAUUGUGUGGAUUUUUAUAAGAGCCAGCCUGAGCAAGUUGUUAAAUUCACUACAUUGCUGGUGCACUCCUGAGAUUAUCAAGAUAAUAACCAGACUUCCAUAUUACCCAUGAACUUAAAGGUUGGUGCAUUGAUGGCCCCAGAAAUCCCAAUUGAAAAAUAUGGAAACAUAUGCUUCUUGUCUCUCAAAAUGUACCAUCUCCAUUUGGGAGUAAACAUAAUCUUUUUGUACGCCAGCAAAUAUUGCAUGCUAAUCCCUCCACUGCUGCUUUGGCUGCAUAAGGAGUAGAACUGAGUUUGCUAGUAAUAUACAGGAUGUUUUAUUUAAGAGGCUUGUUUCUUCUCUGUUGCUCUAGCUCAGAUGCCUGGGGAACGUAAGGCUGUGUCUAACUCAAUCAUGAGGUCUUUCAGAUGUUGCUGGGCACCAGCUACCAUCAUCCCUGACCAUUGAUCAUGCUGGCUGGGAGUGGAGUGAUGGAAGUUGGAGUCCAACAAACUGCUGGAAGGCCACCGGCUGCCCACCCCUGACCCUAACUUGAGUUUGCACACUCUGUUUCACCAUCUGGGUCAGUUCAUAAUUUAUUAUCCAGGAAGCCAUUAGGGCUGCAGUCUUUAAAUGCACUUAAUUAGGGAGUAACCCCAUUACGUAUUGUAAAUAUGUGGAAGAGUGCACUGUAAGUCUUUUAAAUAUUCUUUCAUUUCUUAACCAGGUAAGUCUCCUGCUGCCCCCUUAAAGCAAAGGAAGCUUCACGAGUCACCUUGUUUCUCAGCCCAGCUCAUCUGUCCUGCAUUGGCCGCAAACACAGGUCAGGGCCAGAAGAUGAAACCUUCACUGUCUGGUAUAGUAGUCAAUAUUUGUUCUCGGUCAAGUCAGUUGAUGCACGGUGUUUUGAAUUUCAUUUUCACAAAAAUGAUAAAUAUUACUUUGCUUGUUUUCCGAAAUUAAUAUUGCUGAAUAUUUUUGAUGCUGCCAAUGUAGAUAUGUUGUCAAAAGAAUUGAUCUUAUGUCUUGGCAGCAUGACUAGUAAUUGCAACUGAGUGGAAAACAACCCUGAAUCUUACACUGGGUGCUUAGUACCACUCACUCUGGAAUAGAGCUAUAAUGGAGAAGGUCACACAUAAUCCCAGAUCACCCCUAAAGAAAAGGGGCUUACUACCUUGUGAAUUCUGCAGCAAGAAUGUACCAGGCAGGCUGAAUAUAAUUCUGCCUGCAGAGUUUGAAAUGUGUUGAGCAUGGGAAGCCUGUACAUGUGCGAAUUACAGGCGUGUCUGCUGAAGAGGGACUGAUGCUGAGGGAGAUGGUGUUUACACCGGAGAGCCCUGCUGGAUCAGACUUCGGCCCAACUAGUCCAGCAUCCAGUUCUCACCACCUGGGUACCUGUGGGAAAUUGCACAGAGGAGAUGAGCACAGCAGCCCUCCCUUCUUGGGCGCCCCAGCAGCUGGUACUCGGAGGUUCCUGGUAGCACACAGCCACCAAGACUUCUUGUGUCCGCCACUGCUUCUAGCUUGUCCUCUGUUGCUCAAAAUGGCUAGCUUUUGGCAGCAGAUGGGAAGGUGAAAACAUUUUAAUGCAGAAUUAGUUGUCUGUCUUGGCUCUGUGACAUGAUGCACAGCUUUUGCCAAAGAUUAUUUUUCUGAAAAAAGUUCAACUGUGCUUUUCACAAGGUAUGACUUUUCUGUUUUUCCCCUGUUCCUCUUACAGAGAAUAAAAGACAUGCUUCAAAACCAGUUUCAGGUUUGUCGCCUCAGCCUCUGAAGUCUAUGACUGGGAACAGACCUGAUUUGGGCACCAGUCAGAGAUCCCAAGGGCCAAAGAAUGCCGGUGUGAAUAGUCAAGAAGUCUCCUUUGAAACCUUCUCUGGACUGAGGCUAAGGUCAGCAAGCUUAUGGGGGAAAUGUUGGGUUUGUUCCUUGAGUAUAACUUGUGGCCUAAAACUGUUUAGAUACCUUGCUAAUAUUAUUAUUUUUUAAAAUCAGCACCACAGAUUUAUGGAUUUUGACUUCUGCAUGAAAGCUGCAAAUUAAGUGCAUCAUUUCUUUUGAAUAUUUUUUUUAAAAAAUGCUUUAUUGAAUUCAAACUUAAACAGGAUUACAUAAUAGCAACAGCAAAUGAAACUCGUUCCCACCCUCCCUUUUAUGUCUUUUUAUCAUGGCAAAGGACUGUGCAAAGCACCAGAUUUCAGCCAUUGAAAAGCUUACAAGUUAGGUUCUGAGACUGAAUUGUCUUCGUGCAUAUAUAUUUUAGUCUUAAUAACUAGAAACAUGCCUUUGUGUCUUUUUUAAAAAAAAUGAAAGUACAGAUGCUCAGGAAGCUGAUUUUUGCAUCCCAUACCCGAUUCUGAGCUCUCUGUGUAUUUUUGAAACUCCACACUCCUCCUUUCCCUGGGCUGGAAAUGUUUACACAGACUAGUGAUGAAGCCCCUCUUGUUGCCCUGAGUGCAGGUAUUUAGUGGAGUUCCACAGAGGGGAUUUGAUGGAAGUUUCCCUAUCCCUUUGUCAUUCUAAUAGUUUCCUCCUUGUUUUCAUUGCAGAAAACCCCGUGUAUCCUCUGUUGAGAUGGAAAGAAAAAUGACAGGCCGAAAGUUUAUUAGACUUUCUCAAUUGCAAGACAAGCUUGCUUCAUUAAACCUUGAGGAAACAGACUGGGUAACGUUUGGAGUCAUCAUAAAGAAAGUCACGCCUCAGAGCUCCAAUAACGUAAAUGGUUUUAUGAUGUUAUGUCCUCUCAAGUACGACAUUUUGUUGAAGUAAAAAAUUGGUUACCAUCUCAAAAUUCUUGUUUAAUGUAUGAAUAAGCCUACAGUCCUCUUGGGCACCUGGAAUGUUGCCCUCUGCCCUAUUUCAGUACUGGUGCUGUAAACACCAUCACAGGUAGGGCUGUCCUCUCCACAUUCCUGGUGAAGCUGAACGUUGGCAGAUAAAAGAAAGUACUUACUCAUGCAGCGCAUAGUCAGUAUAUGGAGUAUAGGCAGUGCUUGGCUGAAAACAAACCAUAGUGGCUGCUAUGGUUAAAGCAUUCAAAGUAGCUGCUUCCCCAAGCAGGUCAUCGUAAGCAUGCUUACUAGGAAGCAAGCUCCCUUGAACACAGUGGGACUUCUGCGUAAAUAUGCAUAGGAUUGUGCUAUUAAACACCUUUACAGCAGACAUCUUGCUGUGUAUGUAACAUUCUCUGGUGAUGGUAAUUAUUUUAAGGCUGACUCAAAGGAUUGUAGUUAUUUUGUUCUUUUUAUUUGCUCCCACUCUGCAUAUCCAGGGUAGAACCUUCAGCAUCUGGCGCUUGAAUGACCUGCAUAACUUCAGCCGCUGUGUCUCAUUGUUUCUGUUUGGUGAUGUUCACAAAGAUCACUGGAAGACAGAGCAAGGCAUGGUCAUAGGACUACUCAAUGCUAAUCUCAUGAAACCGAGAGAAGGAUCAGACGAGGUGUGUGUAGAUCUGUCUCUAUAUAAAAUAUAUACAGUGGUACCUUGGGCUACAUACGCUUCAGGUUACAGACUCUGCUAACCCAGAAAUAGUGCUUCAGGUUAAGAACUUUGCUUCAGAAUGAGAACAGAAAUCGUGCUCCGGUGGCGCGGCGGCAGCAGGAGGCCCCAUUAGCUAAAGUGGUCUUCAGGUUAAGAACAGUUUCAGGUUAAGUAUGGACCUCUGGAACGAAUUAAGUACUUAACCUGAGAUACCACUGUAUUUAAAAACAGGUGAUUUUGGUUUUUUGACAUACAGUUUAUUGAUUUCUCCAUAGGGAACUCUUUCAACCAUAUUGUAUAACGCUUUGCAUAGACAUCAGUGUAGAAAAGAUGAGGAAAUCCUUUGUUUUCUCUGUCUCCCCAUAUAAAUAUUCCUUCUCCUUGGCCACAGUUGCGUCUGUCACACAGGAAGUCUUUGAAGUCUUCUCUUUAACUACGUCUUGAGGUAGCAGCCCCUUGCCUCUCUUGAUGGCUGCUCAGUCCCUGGAGGGUCUUUGACUACGAGGGAAGCAAGGGCUCUGCCUUUGUAUCCCCUUUGCGGAGGGUACAUAGCACUGUGGAAACCUCUGUAAAGGCAAAUAGCAUAGCUGAACAGUGCAGCUCUGAUCAUACUGACUGGCUUCAAGUUAUUGUUCGGGAGAUGAGGCCUGGUGGCAGUUAGCUGCGGGAAGCAGCUCGUGAGAUUGACUAAGAGAAAAUAGAGCUGUAACAAGUUUGCAGGAGUCUUUGAUUUGCAAACAAGUAUCCUAUGAAGCAGUUCUCUUUACUUGCAAAUGCCUCGCCCUACAGAUCCAGAGGUCGCUUUCACUCUCUGCUUUUUAUUGGAUCUCUCACUCACCUGACCUGACCUGAUCCAGCCUCAUUGCUGAGGUUUUUGUUAAGCAGGGUAUGGGGUUUGUUGGGAAAUGGCAAUUGUCCUGACCAUGAUGUGUAGCAAUGAGGCAGUGGGUGGGAGGCAGAUGACAUAGACCCACAGAGGAAGGAUUAUGCACCUGUGUGUGGAAAAUCCUCCCACCACUUCUCAAGUUUUUAAGGAAGAAGUGGCACAACCCUUGGCAUAGCAUGAUGUUAACUUGAGCCCUGGACUGAAUCCUUGGCUAUUUUCAGUUCAAAAGAAUGUUGUGUAUGAAAAGGAUAACAUUGAUGAAAAAGAAAACAUGGUGUUUGUCCUCGGACUAAAUCUCAAAUAGUUACUGUCAGGGCAUCCCAGUCACAUCCAGGUGCCCAGUUGAAUGAGAUCCUACUCAAGGCUGAGGAAAAACUGCAUUCUUUUCACCUGAUGGCAGCUAUCAAGCCAUGGGCGAAAGGCGUGGAGGUGGAGAAAAUGCAAGUGCCUGCCAGUAUAUAUUGGAGUAAUAUUGUGUUUUUUGACUGAAAUGUUUUUUAGAAACCCUUGCUGGCAAUGAAAAGAAGCAGAGAGUCCCUGUUUCAAAAUAGCACCAGGCGGCAUCUUGGCUGGGACCCCGUCAUGACUUGAAGAGGGGAUGCAUUGCUACAGAUAUACACAGCCUAUCUACCAUUCUCCCUCCCUCCCUCUAUCUAUCUAUCUAUCUAUUUAUCUAUUUUUUUAUUUAAAAAAACACAACUUUGCUGGGGAGCAAACAAAAGGAACACACAUUUUCCUGUAUCUUUUCGGAGCAGGAAAUGGGAAAGCCGAGCCUUGGUGCUUGCUAGAAACAACUGGUGACCGAGUAGAGUCAAAAUUUGUGGACCCCUACUGACUUCUCACAGUGACACAAUUUUUCACUUGCUAAUGGCACUUAAAGCACUACCUCCAGUGAAAGCUGAUGCCCCUGGCUGAGACGAGUCCCUUCAUCUCUCUGAAGCUUGUUGUACUUCUUCUGGUUAGGUGUGUGUGUCUGUCGAUCAUCCCCAGAAGAUCUUACUUCUGGGUGAGGCUAUGGACUUGGGAACCUGUAAAGCGAGGAAGAAAAAUGGCGAGCCCUGUGCACAGAUGGUUAACCUGGUAUGUAUAGCUCAUCUGACAUUACACUGUGCUUGGUGUGAGCUUGUGCAGAUGUCACCUGAGGGCUUACAGUUUAGUUUUGUGAUUGUGCUAGUCACAAUUUAUAGCAGAGGUUGCUGACUUUUGGGGCUGAUGGGCACAUUUGCAAGCUGGUGUGGGCACCACAACCUACUGUGUUGCAUAGAGUCUAAUGCUACUUCCAAGCUUGAUUUCAGAGUGGGGAGGGGACCCUGUGGUCACCAGGAAAGGCUCUGAUGGCACACACCGUACGUGCCCACAGCCACCAUAUUGGUAGCCCUUUAUAUCAGAGCAGAGAUGGUGACCUCACGUGUGUUGGAGGGCCAAACUGUCCACCCAACAUAUGGCCAAAAGUCACACCUGUUAUUUUUCUCUCCAAUGAGAAUUUACCAGGUUUUGAUGGGAAAGGGCAGAGGAAGACAGUAAUAGGAUUUCUAAAACUAAUCUUCCCUGCUCAGUCCUAAUGUGUCCCCUUCCAUAUUUUUCCUGCCCAAAUCCCUUGAUCAAUACCACUCCUCCCAGUUGCGGGUUCUUCUCUUUUUCCAUUUGCAUGUAUAAAUCUACCGGGAACCUGAGAGACUGCCGAAAGUAGCUACAGGUUUGGAGCAGCACACGCUAGAGAUGACUGACUUUAAUUUGAUCAAAGCUUUUCUCAUGGAGGAGAUUGAAGCCACCUUGUGUACUCCUGCCUGCCAUAAACGGCUAUAGUUCUUUGUAUUUUAAUUAUAAUUAUUUUUGUUAGUUGUUUUCCGCAAGGCAUCUCAGAGACAACUGGCGCCUUACUUUUUCAAGCUUAGUGUUUGCCCGUAGCUUCUGAUUUCCACUAGAGCCCAAUGCGUCUGCAAACAGAAGCAUGUUUCCUUUUCUCAUAUUUUGCUCUGUUGUGACAAGUACACAAGGAUGAACUCCCUCGUCUUUCUCUUUCUUCAGAAUGAAUGUGAAUAUUGCCAGUACCAUGUCCAGUCCCAGUACCGGCGGCUCAGUUCAAAGCGGGCGGACCUGCAGUCGACCUUCUCAGAUUCCCGAGCUCCGAAGAGAACAGCAAAGAAGAGCCUUGGCUUGAAAGAGAGGCUUUGUCAGGAUGGCUUUUACUACGGCGGGGUUUCCUCAGCUGCUUAUGCAGCUUCAGCGUAAGAGAAACUACAUCUCAGUGUCCUUCUGUGGAAGUUCCCUUCCGGAUGAAUGUGAACGUUGUUCACUUGCAUUUUUUUCUGAAUUUAACUUUAUUAGAUCAGUUUAAAACAGGGGCGGGGGACCUUUUCAGCCAGAGGACCACAUUCUCACUUGGGCAACCUUCUGGGGCCACAGAUUGGCGAUGAGCAAGGCCAGAGGCAAAAGUAAAUUUUCCCUUUGUAUGGAAGACUCCGUGGACUUGUGCUGGUGCAAAAUGUUUAACUGCAGCUCCACAUUGUGUUAAAUGUUUUGUGUUGCUGGAGUUUUUAGUGGUUGGUUUAUUGGUCUCUACAUGCUGUAAAUGGCCCACAGAAUGCAACUGGAUAGUAAAAAACAGAUAAUUAGGCACAGUUUUUGACUACCCUACUAUAAUCACAACCACGGUGAUUCCCCUUAUAUGGGUGGUGUCAUUCCCUCUGUUGAGUUGCGCUCUGCUUUACUUCUUCAGUGCAGCAGCUGCCGCCCCAAAGAAGAAAAUCCAAACAACUCUGUCCAAUUUGGUUGUAAGAGGAGUUGAUGCAAUUCUACAGGAGACCAAGCAGAAACUGGGUAACACGUUCUCUUCUGUUUUCUUAAAAUGUCCCCUUGCUGUAAAAUGUCUUUAACAUCCGUCAAACAUGGAUAGCUCAGUCAGUUGCGCAGAAGACUCUGUAAACCAUGGUUUGCAGUUGGGAGCCAGCCUUGGGAAUGUAUAAUCUUUCACCCUCUCCCUUUCUCUGUCAGGUUUUUGUGUUACUUGAAGACUGGCACAAGCCAUGGCCAACCCUAACCAUGUUUCCUCAAAACCUGUUUCAAAUUGUGGCUCAUGAAUGAAACUUGGCUGGUGUUCAUGAUGGUUACUUUUGAUUCACAGGUAGCAAGAUACCAUGGUUAUUACUUCAAAGGGAAGAGAGAGGGAGGAGAUGUUCCAGAGACUAACUAAGGAAGAACAAGUAUAUUUCCAAGGCAGGCUCCCAAUUUGAAAAGUAUGCCUAGGCCAGUGGUGACCAACCUUUUAGCGAUCAAGUGCCCAAACUGCAACCCAAAACCACUUAUUUAUCACAAAGUGCCAAGACGGCAAUUUAACCUGUAUACAGUGGUAGCUCUACUUACGAACGCGAUCCGUUCCGGGGUGCCGUUCGCACCCUGAAAAGUCUGUAAGUAGAGCGCCGCUACUGCACAUGCGCAAAGUGCGUAGAUUGCUUCUGCGCAAAGCGCAGGCAAACCCAGAAGUAAACACUUCUGGGUUUGCCACCUUUAUAACCUGAAAGUUGCGUAACCAGAGCGGUACGUAACUAGAGGUAUGAAUGUAUCUCAUUUUUUCUGUGUGUUUCACAUUUCUUCUUUAUGACUGCUGGUGUAAUAAAUAAUCCUUCAUAAAAGUUAUUACAUAACAUUCUUCAUUAAGUUAUCUUUCCAUUAACAUAUAAUUUUAUGACAUAACUGUGCUUUUUUCCUUUAAAAAUGUUUAGGAGUACUCUAAUUUUGACUCAAGAAAAUCAGUUCAAAUUGGGAAAAAUAAAUACAGUGAAUUUCUUCUGUUAAAUUCACAAAAUGUUUAGGGGUAUGUGUCCCCACGUAAAAAAGCACUGGUAUUAUUAAAAAAAAAAUUGGUGUUAUGAGCCAUCAAACCUCUGAAAUACACUUUUCCCAGAAGGUUCCACCAUUUUGGCCACUACACUAGUGUGCACUGGAGGGCUAUACUAAGAGCCACCCUCUCCCAGUUGUUAAUUUGGGAUAAUAAUUGUCUGUGUACGCACAUACAAAUGUGUGUGUGUGUGUAUAAAUAAUAUAUAUAUUCCCCCCAAAGAAAGAAGGCUUGAGCUUCAUUAUGAGCCCUGUCUUUGCAUCAGAUGUCAAAGAAAUAAACAACUGUUUGACUUUUAGAAGACAUCUGAAGGCAGCCCUGUUCAGCAAAGUAUUUUGCAUUUGAAGUCCCCCCCCCCCCUGUUUUUAACAUUCUGUUGGAAGCCACCCCAAGUGGCUGGGGAAACCCAGCCAGACUGGCGGGUUAAAAAUAAUUAAUAAUAAUAAUAAUAAUAAUUUUGCCACUUCUUCAGCUGCCAUUUGAUCGCAGCCUCUAUGGAAUGAAUUCCUUUGUUGGCUUCUGUGGGACAGCCCAGCGAACAUAUAAACCUAGCAGUCCCUUCUUAGAUUGCUAUCUUUAUAUGCUUACUGACUGACCUGGGAGUUAAACCCUGUUGAACUUAAGGCAACUUACUCCUGAGUAGAAACAGACUGGAGAGAAGCCAGGGAGCAUCGAAAGUCACACCUGCUCCGCACCUCGCUCGCAUGCCAGUGUCGCGUGGCUCUAAACGCGCCCAAGAGCAGAGCAGGAAGGCAGGUUGGGCACAACCAGACUUGACGGCGGGGAGGCGGAGUCAGUCCAGAGGCAGCCUCUGGUUUGGUUGCGGUGCCCUGCAAGCCCUCCUCUCCUCCUCCUCCUCCUCCCACCCCCACAGGAGGCAGAGCUGCAGGCUUGACAACGGCAUUGCCGGAGCCUUCCUCUAUUCCUCCCCCCCCCCCUUACCGGGGGGGGGAGUGGCCAGGAGCUCUCGGACACGCGUGCCAUAGGUUCGCCACCACUGGCCUAGGCUGUUCUUAAUCUGUGUGCUGCUUUCAUCCCAGGUUUAGGCUUCUUUGUGUGUGCUUCGAGUAGUAUAAUUUUGACUAGUCACAACACACGAGUUGUGUUCCUUGAGCUGCAUUGCCUCAGAGUUGCCAACCAAUGGAGAUCUAUUUAGCUAGCUCACAGGCUUCUGCAGUUUUAGUAGGGAUGGUUCACUUGUCCAGUUUUAAAUAUCUCCUGAGGGCUAGAAAUUUGUUUUGAAUUUUCUUUGAAGGGCAAGCAGGACUCAGCGUCAUCAACCACCUGUGACUCGUCUGUGAGUCUGCUGCAUUGUUACAUUGCAUGUUCUGUUUCAGGUUUGCCAAAACAACCUUUGCCAUGUUCAGAGGAAUUCAAAGAACUAUUGUCAAUGCCCUCUUUUGGAGCAAGGAACCUGAAUAAACACCUAGCCAAAGCCAGUGCACCAGGUAUGUCUGUGGGGGGAAAGCAACCUAUUUGACUCCUGCUGAGCAACAUCUGACUCACCUACAACUUUAUUUAUGUCCUCCCCAGUAUCUGUUGGGAAGCAAAAUCCAGCAUUCCAGUCCAUCUCUGCUUCAGCACUGAUUAAGCAGCAGAAGCAGCAAAUGCUGGAAGCCAGGAAAAGGAGGUCUGAAGAGAUGCAGAAGAGGUAACACCAUGAUAGUCAUGUGAGGACAUGGUUCAGUAGCCCAAACUGCUGCUUUUUCAGUGUUAUUCACUGUAGGUGUGAUACACUAAGUAACUUCGAAUCAUAGAACUGUAGAGUUGGAAGGGACCAUGUGAGCCAUCUAGUCCAACCCCCUGCAAUGCAGGAAUCUUUUCCCCAACGUGGGGCUUGAAUGCACAGCCUGACAUUUAAGAGACUCAUGCUCUACCAACUAAGCUAUCCAGCAUCUAUUAAUUUAAGUGAGUCAGCUCUGAGUAAGACCUAGGUGCUAUCCAUGCUAUUUCAAAUCCAAUAUUAAAUAUCUAGCAUAUAUAAUACAUUUUUAUUUAUUUUUACUGUUUACUCAACUUGUUGGUCCCUUUAUGCAGAUGUCUCAAGAUGACUCACAGAAUAAAAUCCAAUCCAAUUUUUUAAAGAACCAGCGCAGAAGCCCAUAAAACCAUUAAAAAAUAUCCUUCCAUUUUCCAAACUAACUAACAUGUUAAGGAAGCAUACCAAGGAAAGUUGAAGUUAGCAUAUCAUGAACAAAAGGGGGGGAAAGCCUCCAGUAAAAUCCAAACUGGAUCAUAGGAAUCUGCCUUCUAUCAAGCCAGAUCUAUUGUCCAUCUGGCCCUUUAUUGUGUAUCACAGGGAUUGGGGUUAAUGAGACCCAACAAGUGUCCCAGUUUGGCCUGCAAGGCCGUUUACCCAAACCAUGCCCACCUGCCCCACACCUGUCAUCACAUGUAGCCUGGGAGGUGGGGCAGGUAGGGGAGCCUUAAGAUGUGCUCUCAGGGGCUCAUCUGGCGCCAGGGGCUCAUCUGGCGCCUCCCCAAGCAAGAUGAUAAUGGAUUUUGUCCCUUUGUUUAAGGUUUCUUCAAAAUACAAGUCAUGCAGCUGUGGCAGCAAUGCCACCUUCCUCAGGACCAGCGGUGCUACGCUCUCCAACUCCCGCGGCAGAGUUUCCCAAAGCUGCCAAACUGUCAAGCCCCGAAACUCCUAGACUUGGCACAGGCUUCUCUGAAGGAGACGAUGUUCUCUUCUUUGAUAGUUUGCCUCCUCCGGUGCCCAAACUGAAUGGCUUGGCAGAAGCUAAAAAGGUAUCAGCUCCUCAAAUUCUCCCUAACUGCUGCCCCAUGGGUAGGGUGCAGAGUCAUAGUACAAGGAUCAGUCAAGCUGCUAAUAGCUUGUAACUUUGUCAUUCCAGGUGGGCUUGGAGACCAACCAUUGGGUUGUCAAAGAUUUGUGAUAAGGUUGCCAGCUUUUUAGCCCAGCACAAAGGACUGUGGGAGUUUUCAGGACUGGACAUACACUGUGCUAAAAGACAAUAAUAGGAUGGGUUUUAUUAUUUUAAAAUGAUUAUUUCGAUUGUAGCUUUUGCCUUGUAUGUUCAGUUGUAAUAGACUUUUAGCCAAUUUAGUUGAUAAACAGGAAAGUAAUUAUGUGAGUUUUGUAACUUAUCACAGCGGCCUUAACAAACUACAGUUCCCAGGAUUGGGGGGGGUGUCUGAUCUGUGCAAUGGGGUGUUUGUGGGUGGGUGAUAUUUGUGUGUGAUGGAGAACAAGCAUUGGCCUAGUUUCCACAAGCACAGUAGAGCUGUGAGAAGGGGUUAUAUGGUCUUCAGUGACAUUUAAAGUCUACUCAGUAUUGAUCCAGAGCAGAUUCCAGUGUAUAGUGAGCAGAGUAAAAACUUAAACACAUUGCCGGGUUCCCAAGAAAUAGACAGAGACAAUUAUAUUUCAUCUAGCAGAGCUUUACUGCUACUGAAGGCAAAUGAGCAUAAUGGUCACAAAUCCAAUACAUUCAGGAUUGGAACUGUCCAUAAGAAAUCCAGUUGCAGCAGACUUAACUUAAGCUUACAGUAUAAUAAGACUAAACCUUAACACGAAGCAUACUUUGUACAGAACGCUGCACCAGAAGGAAAAGGGAUAGAAAGUGAAAGUGAAACCCAGACUCCUUCUGGCCUAUUAUUAUAGUCAGCAUGACCUUGAGAGAAAGAUAAUAGGACCAGUUUAAAGCAGCUGUACUCAGCUUCUCUGAAGGAAUAACCCAAACAUCAUGAACCUUAUGCUUGUUUCUUUCACACAGAGAAGCUCCCAGAGGCUCCCAGAACCCUCUUGAAUUAAUUACACAUCAAAUCAAUACUUUCUACACUAAGAAAUUCAAACUGACAUUCAGCUCCAGUGAUCCUUGCUGGCUUUUCAUACUGGUUUUAAUUGCUGACUUUUGCUACAUGUCUUGAGUCUUUUUUUUUGUUGCUUUUAGAUGGCAGCUAUAAAUAAACUACGUGCAAAAGGCCGGGUCCUCGCCAAAGUGGACCCAAACAGCAUAAAAAGGAAACGAUCCAGUCUAGACAUUCCGGAGAUUUCUGAGAGAGCUGAGAAAAACAUCCCUCUGUCCCAAGGUAUGGAAAGUGUAGAAACGUUUUACAAAGAUAGCCAGACUUUCAUCGGAAUUAAGUCACUUGGGUCCAGCCCAGUGUUUCAACCAGCUGGUGUCAAGCUGAAUGGUUUGGCUUGAAGUUUCUCCCUGAGACAAUGGGCAGAAAACAGCGCAGGCUACAGGCAGCGGGCUUCCAUCUUUCCUUUCUCGCUUAAAUGUGUGGUUAUGGGCUACAUGCCUGCUCUGUGGAAAUCCCUGAGAUUUCUGUGCUGGAAAUCACUGGUUUCUAUACGAGCAGAAUUGAGGUAGCAAAAGAAGAUAGCUCUCCUGACUUCUCCUAACUUGAUUCAUAACAUUUGAAUAAAGUCCCUCAACAUAAUUUGCUGCCUUCCGUGGCUUCAAUAUUCAUGCCAGUAGAUAUUUAUACAAAUUUUGAAUUCUCUCUUCCUCAUCCAUUUUUAGAAAUUCAUUUCCCACCACUAGCUGACAGACCCAUUUACCUCAUUCCCUUUUCCUCUGUUGUCAGUCAUUGGCUGUCAAGUGGCAAGCCUAUUGAGUUUACCCUGAGAGUUGCAGCUGAGAUGCAUGACCAAAAAUACCCCCACAGCAGCAAGAGUUUGCUCCUUGGAAUGACUGGGGAAAUGAAGGAUCUUGGCAGGUUAUGUAAUAGAUUCACUGUAUAUUGUUGAAAUAAUUUCCCUGUUGGAUCCAACCAAAGGCCCAUCUGGGGUAUCCCUUGUCUCCAGAAGUUUCCAGCCGGAUGACCCUGAGGAAUCUGAUAAGUAGGGCAUGGUGGAGAAAGGCGUGCCCUUUUUUUUGUCUGGGGUGACCCAAGCAAAUCAAAAUUCUGCACAUUAGAGAGGCACAGGUAAAAGAUUUCUGUUUGUAUGGCACAAUAUCUAUGCAACACCUACUGUCAGCGGAAUGCAUUACCUUCGUUUCUGUUGCAGCAGAAUAUCCUUUGGAAAUAAUGGCUAAGCACGUGUAUAUGUUUCUCUUCUGUUUUUGUAGAUGUUGAUGCAGCAGAACCUGCCGGAAAGAAACUACGCCAGCAGCUUGCGUACUUGGAGUCUGAUGAAUUUCAAGAGAUCUUGAAUGCUAGAUCCAAACACACGGGUGUCCUUAAGGAGGUAAGCCCCUCCCGCAUACAAGGGAACUGGCUGGGAAUGCCUGCAUGUGGGUGCUAUUGGGAGCGUGUAAAGAGGAAAGGAUCCUGCCCAGCAGCAGAAAAUGGGACUGUGUCAUCUUCAAGAGACAUGCCUAACAGUUUUGCAAGAGAGGCAUUACUCUGAUCUGAUCUGCUGGCCUGCAUUGUGUGUCAGAAUUCACUACCAGAAAUUCAGCAUUGACCAUUUUCAGUGCAGGAGAAGAGACUGCAGUGGGCUUCACAUCUGACCCCUCAACUACGUUUCCCAGAAGUCUGCUUUAAGAAUGUGGCAAGUAUUGAAAGGCCAAGCAGACUUCUGGGAAAUGUAGUUGCUGACCAAAGAAGAAUCUGAAUGCAGAGAAACAUUUUUCUGACAAAGGCAAAAAUAUGGGUUCUUCAUAAGUCUGCAAAGCAGGGGUGGGGGCCUCAGACCUGGGGGCCAAAUGAGGGCCCCUGGGCUCUCUGUCUGCCCCUUGGGACCCUUCCCAGACUAUACCCCUCAGUGGCCCUGCUCUCCCCCCUCCUCGAGUGGCUUUGCCUGGCUGGAAUGUGUCCUUAAGCUGCAACCAUGUUGUGAGUUGCCUGUUGCUGCACUUUUACCUCUGGCCUGGGCAAGUGUGCCUGUGAGGGAGAAUGGCCCACAGGCUGAAAAAGGUUCCCCACCCCCACUGUUACAUGAUUACACAACUUCAUUUUUUGUUAUCAGACGUUUGUCUUAUUUGUUGAUGUUUGCAGUGGGAGGAGCAGGUGCCUGGUUUAUUUUAUUAUUUGUUUUAUUCAGCUUUGAGUACCAUUAAAUAUCCCAAUAUAUGCUUUUCGUCUUUAACAACCGACCUUGUCUUUUCACAAGGCCUCUGGUUUUGCUCUUUGUUCAGUAGAUGGCACUCUUCCUCUGAGUCAGCUCUGAAUCAGUUCCCUGCUGUUGUUUUGGAAAUGCAUGCUGCCUUAGGCAUCACCCAGCAGACCCUGCAGUUUUCCUUUUUAAGUGUAUAUUAAUGCAGUUGCCUUUAUCAGGAAAUUCUCUGCGGGCUUUUGUGUGUCCGCGCCCUUUUUGUACCCAUACAUGUUGAACACUUACAACCUGCCUCCAAAUGAGACAUUGCAUAGUAGAUACCACAGUUAGAGCUUUAUGGAUUUCCUCGGGUGCAAUGCCUUUUGAGGGAGAAUGGUUCAGUUACAAAUUGUCAGAUGUUGGGGUUUUGAGUGAUGAAAGAUCAAGUGGAUUUACAUAAUAUAUUUGAACUGGCUCUAAGAGUGGCUGCAUUUCAGGGAUGAAAAUCAAGAAGGGGUCUGGACAAGCUAAAAAAUACAACUGUGUGUGUGAUUUUUUAAAAAAAUUCUUUUUAUAAUUUCAGGAUGAGGAUUCAAUUGAAAUUAAUUGCUUAUUGCUUCUAAAAAUCAUUUUUUCAGCUAUGUGGGGGUUUUUAAAGUUUCAUUUACAGUGUUAACAAGUUUUAUAUUAGCUGUUUACACAUCUAGAUUAAAGUUUCGUCUCUCCUCCUGCCACAGUUUGAGGCUGAGCUGCAGGAACGCUAUUUUGAGCCCCUGGUGAAGAAGGAGCAAAUGGAAGAUAAAAUGCGGAGCAUCCGAGAAGUGAAAUGCCGUGUUGCAACGUGCAAAUCGGUGAGUGAAGCAGCCCCUUGAAGUCCAGCUUGAUCAGCGUUGGAUGAAAAAUUCAUUUUGACCCUCAGGAACCUUUCCUUGAGAAAUCUGCUCAUGAGGGGAUCCAAGACUGCCUUUUCCUUUCAUGAUUACAGCUGCUUAGAACAGCUAAUGGCAUCCUCCAUGGCUGCACAGAAAAAAGGUUGCUUUGAAAUGACUGCAUCAUACAUGCAGUCCCUUUCCUGGAAAUUGUGCAGUCAAAAAGAUGGCAGUGUCCCUUGUAGACUUAUAAGCAUUUUAAAACCACUUCUUCCCUUCCCUUCCCCCCCUUCUGUCACAGCCACGGAGGAGGUAGUUGCACUCUUUACAGCUUCAACAUGUUUAAAGAAAGGAGAAGGAAGCCUUCUGGCCAUCUCAUAAGUACAGUGUGGACCAGGGAUGAGGAACCUGUGGCUCUCCAGAUAUUAUUGGACAGCAUUUACUCCCAUCCUCCCCACCAUUGGCCAUGCUUGCCGGGGCUGAUGGGAGUUGUAUUUCAGCAGCAUCUGAAGGGUCACAGGUAUGGAUGCAGGUGUGAAUCGGUUCAUCGAUUAUGUGGCUUAACCUGAAGAUCUAUAUUCUGAUCCAUGCGUGGGUCUGAUGGGCAGGCAAAAUAGGUAGGUAUGUUCCAAAAUAUGAAGUGAACUGCAAUCCUCCCAUCCUUAACCCCAAAAAGGCAUGUCAAGGACUCCACGCUCCGCACUGCAUGUACUCACGCUCCUGCAAAAACACAGCGCAUCCUGCUAGGGGCGUAAACUGCAUCUCCCAAGCAUAUCAGGAUGUGACCUGAGUUUUGAAGGCAGCCCCAGGUCAGUGGAAAGUGAUCCUCCCGUGAGGUGCCAUAGCAUUUGAAAAAAAUAAUAGCAUUAGCUAUUAUUGGGUGGGUUGGUGCCAAGAAACAAGCUUUAGCUUUCCUGUGCCUCUCGUAGCACAUGAAGUCCCAGGGAGGGAGAAUGUCCUUGUUGGAUCCGCCUCGGCUUGUGGUCUCAUGCACAGGUCAGUUUGCUCUCCAAAAAGGAAUAUUCACCGUUAAAAGCCCACUCUUACUUAUUUAUUAUUACAUUCUCACCCCAUCUUUCCUCUAAGAAGCUGAAGGCGACGUGCACCAUCCCUUCUCUCCCAUUUUAGCCUCACACCCACCCUGUGAGAGAGGGCAGGCAGAGCCAUAGUUCCUGGCCCAGGCCAUGGCAGAGUGGGCUUUGAACCUUCCUCUCCUAGGUCCUAGUCCAGCACUUCCAGCCUCAUAACCAUCUAAAGCUUGGUAGCCAAGUCCUGUUGAAUACAAUGAUAAGCAGAUCCAGGUUGUAUUUUUCACACUGGUAUCCUGUCUUUCCGAAUAACCCAGAAUAGUGAAACCUUUUGAGGUAGGCUAGAGUGAGAGAGCAAACUUUUCAGUGGCCAACUCAUCCCUGUCCAAGUGUAGCAUGUUGUUGUUAUUUAUUAAAUUUACAUAUCACCCUUCAUCUGUAGCUCCCCAGGUCAGUUCAUAGCAUAAAAACACAUCAUCAUCAUCAUCAUCAUAAUUUAUUUAUUUAUUUAUACAUACAUACAUACUCUGGGCGGCUUCCAACAAAAUAUUAAAAUACAGUCAUCCAUCAAACAUUAAAAGCUUCCCUAAACAGGGCUGCCAUAAGAACAAGAACAAACCCAUCACACAGCAUUUCAUUGUAUUAAUUGCUGGUGAUGUGGCUGCAUAUUUGUAUUUAAGACUUGCAGAAGAUGGACCUCUUUUCCAUCAUUAAAAUGCCCUGAUCCUUUGGUGAGUUUCACCAUUGAUGCAGAUAGCUAUUGUGUGAUCUGCAUUUUGCCAGGAUUUACACUGUGGCAACAGAGGUGGUCUUAAAGAGGAAGAGGGACCAGUGUUGGGGGAGCAGAAGCAAAGAGUUCAAAUGGGAUGUCCUCUCAGGUGUACAAUAUAGCUGCUUCCCUCUGGUUUGCAGAGUAAUUUGCUCUUCUGCCACAGCAGAGGACUGGGUUUUCACUACAACAGUGACUUUGAAGAAGUUGGAGAAAGUGUGUGUGACUCUUUAUUUCCCUCUCUCUUCCUUUUACACAAGUGCAAGUAUACCUAUUUCAAGCUCCUGGAUUCAUGUGUGGAACAAAAUCAUGACUAUCACUGGCAUGAUGGUGUAAAGCGAUUCUUCAAGUGUCAGUGUGGAAAUAGAGCCAUAUCUCUUGACAAGCUGCCGAAAAAACACUGCAGGUAAGAGGAGCUGCAUUCUCCCCUUCUCAAACAGACCGUUGCACAAUCUCUCAACCCUCCUGCAUUCUGUCUGCAAAGGUUUGUCAACGUGCAUCUCUCAUCCCUGGCUGUAGACUCUGAAAAGACUUGCUAAAUAAUAGUGAUAUGGUUUAUUCAUUUUGUUUAUUUUUGUUUGGUGGGCAAGAGCUCACUUCACCGUUUGUCUAGACCAGUGGCCCUCAAAGGGUUCAGGAAUGCCACCCUGGUGUGGCAGGAGAGGAUGGCAAGAGUGGCUGGAAGAUUCAAGGACAAUCAAAGAAGCAUUUAAACAUUUCAGUGCAGUAUAGUGUAGUAUCAAAAUAAUUUUUUAAUAUGCAGAAUAUGGAUAGAUAUCCUUUUAAAAUGAGAGCAAGAGCCUCAGGUGAUACCGUGGACAAUCCUAGUUGUGUUUUCCAACUGUCUUUCUUGUCAAUAAAACAUUGGAUGUGAUGCAAGCAGAUUUUAUUCUGCCAGUGCGGCCCGGAGAGAAAAGUUUGAGACCAGUGGUCUAGGCAGUCCUUUCCAAUGAGAAAUGGCUAUGAAGAGGCAUGAAGAUAAUGCCCAGAGCAGUGGAAUGGGGGGGGGUGGACACUUAAAUGGUAACGUUCAUGUAGGAAAUGAAACCUUAAAACAGUUUGGUGCAGCUCUGCUACCAACAGCUACUGAAGCAACCCUGAUUUUUCUGUCUUCCCUUUUCAGCAAUUGUGGUCUCUUUAAAUGGGAACGUGAUGGAAUGCUCAAGGUAAGAGUAAACCCAAGACUGUCUACCUACAUUAAGAAGCUGGGGAAGCUGUGGUUUAUUUUAAUUUUUUCCAUUUAGUCCCACUUUGUCCCUUUUAUCAGCCCAAGGGUCCCUCAUUAGGAACAUACUUAGGGGUGGCGUGCCAGUGGCGGGUGUGGCUGGAGCCAGAGACAACCACCCCCCCCCCCACACACACACAGCCAUCCGUUCCAUUUUCCUUUCCCCUCCCCUCCUUCCCUCAUCUGUUUCUUCUUCCCGCUCCUGCCCCAGAGCAACUGAGCUUUUAGAAAAACCUCCUGGGACCCAAUGAUGCUUCUGAGAGCUCAACUUUUACAAGCUUGAUUGGCGCUGGGGGAAAUCCUAAUAGCAUCUGAGGAGGGAAGGAUUAGGCCUCCCUGUGUGCUGGGACCCUCCCAGAAAUGGCCCCAUACACACCAAUGGCCCUUGCAGGCUGCAGCUCAUCCUAAGAACCUUAUCUUUAUGUACUGCUUUUCAAGUAAAACUCCUGGAAUAUGCACAGCGAUUAGGCCUGAGGGGAAGCGAGUGAGGGAAGAGCUGAGUAGUCCUCUCCAUUGGGCCUAGGCUGGGAGCUGAGCUGAGGAAGGGGGAGAGGAGUUCCAUCUUUGGAAUUGUCCUCCUAUACUAGUUGGUUUAUAUCUAUAAUCCCCUGGGGUGUUCUCCUGUGUGAGCCUCACUGAAAUGAAUGAGGAUUGCAUAGCAGGUGAACUUUCUGGUGAGUUUUACCUGAAGAAAAUUGUAUCCCUGUGUUUUGCUUCUUGAUAAUUUAUUGAGAAUUAUUUAUUGAGCUGGCUUUUAUUCUACCAUAUUGGACACAACCUCAUUGCACGUUUCUCCUAUCUAGGAGAAGAAAGGUCCCAAGAUUGGUGCAGAAACUCUUUUACCAAGAGGGGAAGAACAACCGCGAUUCCUCAGCAGUAUAAAAUAGCUAUGAAAAGUUCUUUCUCUCAUUUACACUUGCCUUUUGAAUUUAUCUCUCAUGUCUGGAAAGGUGCAAGUAGCUCUGCGUUUCAGAAUGACUGAGGAGUUCCUUCUGAAAGACACAGACUGCAGUAGUAACCCCACUUACCUGACAGUAAGCCACAUCCAGUUCAGUGAGAUGGAUGUGGCCAGGAUUCAGCCCUAGAGACCCCCAACCACCUUUCCUUCAUGAAGUCUGAAUGAUCCUUUGCUUUGGGCUGUCUUUGCUCAGUCUGUAAUGUUGAAUGGGUGAACCCGUCAUUCUUUAGGAAUUGCUUGUCACUUGAUGUCAGAAGACAGAGCUAUUUUCCUAGACUGCGUGUUGUAUGUUUUCCAAUGAAUUAGAGGGUGCCUCUUUGAAACUGCAGUUUCUGCUAAUGUAACUGUAGCCAAAUUCAGCUGUAUUAUCUGACAUUACCUCAGAAGUGCCACAAGAAAUAUUGACCAGACUAGGCCCAUGUCUAGAGAGCGAUAUCAGCAUUAAAUAGUCCUUUUUAUUUCUAGAACUUACACCAAACUGUGUGACUGUUUAUAUAUUUGUAAUAUGCUCUCCACACUAACAUAUUUCCCCAAAUACCCACCUAGAAUAAUUUUCCUAUUGAAGGGGAAAGUAGUUUGUGAUUUUUAGUGAGGCAAGUUACCUUGUUUUUAUUGCCUUUGCUUUUAAAACUUUUUUUAUCUAGCUUAACGUUUAAAAAUUCUUCUAAAUUUGGGCUGGAAUCUUUUAUCAAUAGUUUAGAGGGGUACAGGCUGUUUCAGACUGUGAACGGUCUGCUGCAAAAACAUGAUCUUCUGUGGAAGCGGUCAGAAAAACCUGUAUUUCUUCUCUCCAAAUGGCUAUAAGGUUUCUUAUUAAACACAGCAAGAAACAAUGGAAUCCCCAAAAUUAGAAGAUACGGCUGUGUGAAAUGGAGCUAAAACCUCAUAAAACAAAGGACUUUUUUCUGAAUGUAUGCCAAGUUGGCUCUUCUGUCUUCCCUUGUGACAUUAUGUAGAGAGGGACUUUGAGAUGUGGCUUAGAAACGUUCUUAUCUAUUCAUCAGUUAUCACUAAUUAAUUUGCUUCCCUUUCAAUUGUGCCCAUAUGUACUGUGAAUAUCAAAAGUGUUUCCUUCAAUCACUACUGUAUUUUGUUCAGUGAACCAGUGGGGUACAGUUUCUUGGCAUCUUAUUGUUACUGGAAUCUCUUGAAAACUGUAAAUAUCUUAACCACAGUGCUGUGAUUGAAAAUGUCACCAGGUUGUAUUGGAGCCUGGUGUAUAUGCAGCAUUGUAAAAUGUACAAAGAGGGCCUAAACAGCCCAACAUAUAUUGUUUACAAUAAACACCCAUAAAAAUC